AUGGCCUCCAAAACAUUGAGAAUCGGCCUGAUCGCAGGCGAUGGCAUUGGUCGCGAGGUCAUUCCAGCUGGACGUCGCCUGCUUGAGGCAUUACCGAGCUCGCUUGGCCUCAAGUUCUCCUUCGUAGACCUCGAUGCUGGCUUCGAGACAUUCCAGAAGACUGGCGUAGCGUUGCCUGAUAAGACGGUCGAGACGCUGAAGAAGGAGUGCGAUGGUGCUCUCUUUGGUGCUGUAAGCUCGCCGACAACACCUACCAAAGGCUACAGCAGCCCCAUCGUUGCCCUCCGCAAGAAGCUCGACCUGUACGCCAACGUCCGACCUGUCAAGUCUGUCGUGCCCACACCAGCCUUCCCAGACCCCAUCGACAUUGUCAUUGUCCGUGAGAACACUCAAGAUCUCUACGUCAAAGAGGAGAAGACAUACGAGGGACCCAAUGGCAAUAUCAUUGCGGAAGCAAUCAAGCGUAUCGACAAGCAUGCCUCAUCACGGAUAGCAACAAUGGCUGGCGAGAUCGCCAUCCGGAGGCAGCGUGUUCGUGAGUCAACGGGAGAGAACAACAGGAAGUCGAUGGUCACAAUCACACACAAGAGCAACGUCAUGUCGCAAACGGAUGGACUGUUCCGUCAGUCAGCACGUACUGCGUUGGAGGAGGUCAAGUUCAAGAACGCGGGCGUCAUCAUUGAUGAGCAGAUUGUCGACUCAAUGGCAUACAAGCUUGUCCGGGAGCCAGGCACGUACGAUGUCGUGGUCGCACCAAACCUCUACGGAGACAUCCUUUCGGAUCUGGCGGCGGCGUUGGUAGGAUCUCUCGGACUCGUGCCUUCAGCAAACGUCGGUGACGGCUUUGCGAUUGGUGAGCCCUGCCAUGGCUCUGCUCCAGACAUCCAGGGCAAGGGCAUUGCCAACCCCAUCGCGACGUUGAGAAGUGUUGCACUCAUGCUUGAGUUCAUGAACCAGGAGGAAGCUGCUGCCAGGAUCUAUCAGGCAGUAGACGGUAACUUGGCAGAUGGCAAGCUGUUGAGCCCUGAUAUGGGCGGUAGCGCAAACACUGAGGAGGUGCUCAACGAUGUGAUCAGGCGCUUGUAA